UUGGAGAGAUGUCUCUACAGAGGGGGGUCCGGCAGCUUUUGGGGAGGCAGCUCGGCUGGUUCCCCAAGCAGAGGCGAUCGGUGCACUCUGUGGGAAUAAUAGGAGCACCAUUCUCUUAUGGCCAGAAACGGCGUGGAGUGGAAGGUGGGCCGCGAGCAAUCCGGGAGGCCGGCUUGGCGGAGAGGCUAUCGGGUCUGGGUUGUAAAGUGUACGACUAUGGAGACCUGAGUUUCACCACUGUACCAAAUGAUACACCAUAUAACAACAUUGUCCAUCACCCAAGAACAGUGGGUUUGGCCAACCAGUCAUUAACUGAAGCAGUCAGCCGAGCAGUUGGUGAUGGUCACCUAAGUAUUAUGCUUGGAGGAGAUCACAGUUUAGGAAUUGGUUCAGUCCACGGGCAUGCACAGCAGCGUCCUGAUUUAUGCGUCAUAUGGGUGGAUGCACAUUGUGAUCUAAACACACCUCUUACUUCAAUGUCUGGUAAUCUGCAUGGACAGCCAGUGUCAUUCCUUAUAAGAGAGCUCCAGGACAAGAUACCAUCACUUCCUGGAUUUUCUUGGGUCACUCCUUGCAUUUCAGCAAAGGACUUGGUUUACAUUGGACUACGGGAUGUUGAUCCUGCUGAAUACUACAUCCUGAAAAACUUUGGCAUCCGAUACUUUUCUAUGAAAGAGGUGGAUCAACUCGGAAUACAGAAAGUGAUGGAAAGAACAUUUGAUCACCUUAUUGGGAGACAAAAAAGACCAGUGCACCUGAGCUUCGAUGUGGAUGCUAUUGACCCAUCUUUAGCUCCUGCAACUGGCACUCCAGUGAUAGGAGGACUAACUUACAGGGAAGGAAUGUAUAUUGCAGAGGAAGUACAUAACACAGGAAUGCUGUCUGCAAUGGAUCUGGUUGAAGUCAACCCUAAACUUGCAACUUCAGAUGAGGAACUUAAUGCUACAGUAAACAUUGCAGUGGAUGUCAUCUCCUUUUCUUUGGGACAGGCCCGAGAAGGAUCCCAUGGCAAAUGUGAUGAACUGCCGACACCCAGUGCAACAUAUGCAACAAAUGAACAGACUCUACGGCUUUAGGACCUUUGUUGGAGAAAGAAACAGUGUCUUGUUUGUACAAAUUCAAAUUCCAGAACUGAAAUUUAGAGGAAUAGUACUUUGUUCCACAUACACUUUAUCCUUGGGACACAUUAAUGGGACAGUGUGUUCUCAGCCCUUCAUCUGUAUCCCUUUUAUUCAUAAGGUAAAGUGAACAACAUUUGAGCUUUUUUGAUACAUUCCAGUGUGAAGAAUAGGAUGAAUUUCAUUUCCCUAUUCAACUAGCUGGAGAUAAAUUGGUAAAUCAUCAAAGCAGCACUUUUCUAGUCAGGAGAAUCAAGUGAACUUUCAGAAAUGCUCUGUGCUUGCUUGCAGAAAAAUCUAAGAUGAUUGGAGGUCUAAAUCAAUAUACUAUUAAUGUAUAUUAAAUUUUCCCUCUGGAUAGAAAUAACUUAUGCUCAAGACCAAUUGGACAUUUGUUAAAUAUCAAAUGACUUUAUUAAAAGUUUGUGCACAUUACUACAAUGUAGUUUAUUGGCAAAGUUUAAGGGACUGAUCAAAUGCAACGUAAUUUGUGAAGUUUCUUCAUCUUGCUCAAACAUACUUCAGCUGCAAGACCCAUCAAACCACAGGGAAGUCCUCUAACCAGGUUGAGUACAUGAUGAAGAAUGGAAUGGUUCAGCAAUAAAAGUACUUUAAUACA